AUGACGAACUCAAGUAUUGAAUGUAAUGAUGGUAGUGCUAAUCCAUCUGUAGCUAAUCGUCCUCAACUACCUGGAACUGGCCAUGGUAUUCCUCAAUCUGGCGAUAACAUGCCAAGACGCGGCCAUGUUACUCAUCCAACCGUUUUUGGUCCUAACUACAGACCUCCUGGAGUUGGCUACAUCAACCUCGGCUACGGCAUCCCAUUACCUAGCUAUAGUAUCAGUGGGCCAAGCCAAGGUCUUCCACCACCUAACUACAGUAUUCCAUCAUAUCACUACAGUAUUCCACCAUACUACUACGGUAUCCCCGGACUUAACUACAGUAUUCCACUACCUAACUACAGUGUUCCCGGACUUGCCUACAGUAUCCCCACACCUAACUACAGUACUCCUGGACCCAGCUGCGGUGUUGCUCAGCCUAACUACAGUAUCCCCAGACCUAACUACAGUAUCCCCGGACACAAAGAACAAGUAGAAGCAGAAAAAAAAGCUUUCAAAUACGUUUUUGGAGAUGAUGCUACAGAUGAUACUGUCCAGUACGAUUUGGAAAAAGACGAAAUAAAAAUUCUACGGCACUUCUACAAGCUCAGCCGCCGUUUGCUGUCGGUGAAAGAAAGUCCAAAUUUUACAAUACACGACUAUGAUGAAUGUACUAGAACUCUUGUCAAAGCUUCUCGACGUGGUAAGGUUGAGAAGUAUAUUGUAGAAGGGAUGAAACGAGUUCUGGAGAAUACAAAACGAACCGACAAAGAUAUUAUGAUAGUAAUUGAAACCGCCUACGCUAUUUUUGCCUUACAGAUCACAAAUGAAAUUUAUGAGGUAGAAAAGGCGUUACAGUCUUCUGAAGCUAAGCGACAAGAAGCUACAAGGCAGUCUGAAACCGUUUUUCAAGAAGAAGAAGCUACACAACCUCAAGAAGCUACACAAUCUCAAGAAGCUACACAACUUCAAGAAGCUGCACAACCUCAAGAAGGUACACAACCUCAAGAAGCUACACAACCUCAAGGAGCUGCACAACCUCAAGAAGCUGCACAACCUCAAAAAACUACACAACCUCAAGAUGCUACACAACCUCAAGAAGCUACACAAUCUCAAGAACUACAAAAUGAAAUCAAGAAGUUUAAAAGAGCCUAUGAAGUCCUCUGCCAAUUAACACAAGCUGCAAACGCUUCUAAAUCCCGUAAUCCAUCAACAGAAGCUGAAAGCCCGCCAGAAUCUCAACAUCAACAGAAUGAGCGUACUGUGCCAAAUCGUACUCAAGUCGACAAAAUUCAUCUUCAGAAUUCGAACAAAAUUCAAAAGCCAAAGGAUAAGAAGGUCGUGGACGAAAAGAAGACAAAGGCAGUACGUGCAACAAUUUCGGAAUUUGUUAAUGAAAUUGAGAAGUUCAAGGCCAAACUGACUGAUGUCUCACAAGGUCUUUGUAGAUUUGAUGCUGAGGGUUGUGUUCAAGGUAAAAUUUUUAUUUUUAAUGACAAAAUUUUUUUUCAAAAUUUUUAGUUUUUUUUAAAUUUAUGAUUUUUUAAAUUCUCGUUUUUUUAAAAGAUUUUUUUUAGAUUUACCAACUUCAAUCAACCAAGCCGUAGGCAAUACGGAGGAGACCGUCAACUCAGAUGAUAGUCUUUCGUAUUGCAAAAUCAACUCUUCGUUCGAAAGAGAUGAUGAUCAAAUUUGA